AUGGCCUUAUCUAAAGCCAAGGCCUUGUCUUUAGACGACUGCCAAUGUCUCCUUUGUACGGAAUUCCUCAUUGAGCCCAUAACUCUGCCUUGUAACCACACAGUGUGCAAAUCAUGCUUUAAAGCACUUCUCCGGAAAAAAAAUUUAUUCUGCCCCUUCUGCCGCUCCUGUAUCUCGUCAUGGGCUCGGUACCAUACUCAUGUGGACAGUCUUAUCAAUAAGGAACUGUGGGAGACAAUUCAAAGUCAAUUCCCAGAGGAAUGUAGACACCGGAACCCUGGGGAAGAAAGGCCUUCAUUGCGCUUCAGUGAUGAUCCUCCAGUUCGAUUGCUAAGUAAUCCCGGGGAAUUGAGGAAAGAAUAUGAAGAGGAGAUGAUGAGGAUGGAGGCCGAGCGCCAGGCCACCGAGGAAAGACAAAACAGAGCCACUGAGGAAUUCAUAAGACAAUUAUUGGCAAAGGAAUUGGAGGAGGAAAAACUGUGGGCAGAAAAGUGCAGACUGGAGGAACAACAGCAAAGAGAGGCAGAAGAGGCUAAAAAGAGCUGCACCACUGAUCCAGUCACAUCGCCAAGAAAAAAAAAGAGCAAACAAAAACACUGUGACAAUGUUCCGAAGUUUUCCCUUUCUCAGCCUCAGCUUGAAUCAGCAUUGCAGUAUGAAACUGUUCAGGACAGCAAGAAAACGUCUGGUAGGGGACAAGAAACGAAAACUGAAGAAAAUAUGCCAGCAGCUACUUUGUCAACAGGUCCUGAGAAUCCUAAACAAGGUACUUCAAAUUCACCUUACAAAAUUUUUCAUAGCUAUGAUGCAGAAGUGGGCAGUUCACAUGAGGCACCAAGCUGCUCCUAUCACGACACUAAUGUCCCAUUUAAGAACAUUAAACCUGAAGCUACCACUCAUUCUUCUGCCCAGAGAAAGAGCAUGAGCAGUGAGUCAGGUAUAACAGAGGAAAUUGGAAGCUGCACAACUGAGGCAAAAGAAAAAAUGUCUCCUCCUUCGAGUGGAAAACAUACUUCUAAAAGAAGGCAUAAGGAAUAUCCAUCUGAAGCAGAAGCUGAUGAGCCUGGCGUUUCUCACGAAAUACCCAGUACAUCUUCCUUGGAUGACAAGGAAGAACAAGAUUUAAUUACCAAAAAGCUGAUAGAUUUGGAGCAAAUGUAUUAUGAGAAGCAUUUACAAGAAAAACAAGACAGAUUAUUUGCAUUGGAGCUUCAAAGAGCACUGGAUGAAGAAGAAAAGAGGAAAAUGUGGGAUAAGAAGACCUUACGGAACCGUAAGGUCCACUAUGAUGUCUUCCAUCCAGACACCUCAGCAAAAAAGGAUUCCAAAGAUAAGAACAUCUGA